AUGUCCUCCAUAGUCAUGCUUCACCAGUGGAGCCUUGCUGUGUUUUUACUCUGUUUUCCGAUGACUCUACACGGAAGGACAGUUUCUGCAGUUAGUAACAGAACGAGGAGGUCAGUAAGCCAUGCCCAGCUGAUGCACGACAAAGGUCGCACCAUGCAGGAGUUGAAGCGUCGACUGUGGAUCCAGGAGCUGUUGCAUAAAGUGCACACAGCCAAUGGGCCAGCACCUACCCUCCAGGAUAGGACACCAAACUUCAGUGGAAAUUCGGUACAUCUGAAGCCACCAGAGGCGUCGAAGAACAUACUGGACAGAUUCAUACUGGACAGAGACGGCGGAAACCUGCCUCAGGAGACCAACAAAUCUCUGGCCUAUAAAGACCAGCCGCUCAAGUUGGCUACAAAAAGGAAAAAAAAGGUGAGGUUUGGGCGACGUAGAGAGACCGACAAGAAACGCAGACGAGAACGAUAACUUGUGACACGAUGGUGGAGUCGGCCUCAAUCAGACACAGACUUGAACGACUGGAAAAACAGUCUCCUCAUCCA